UCUUUUAAAGUAUAAAUUAGUGUGAAUUCCUAAAAGUACAUUACUAACUAUAGUAUAGUUCUUGUGGGGAUGAUAGAAGAUGAUCUUACUUCUGUUAUUUCUUCUUUUUAUUUCUGCAGGCUCUUCAAAAAAUUGUGAUAGGUUCAUGGACUUAUCUCUGGUAUCACAUAAUGCACAAAAUAUCAAGAGUACAACAAAUGUAGAAAUAAAUCCUAUGAGGCGCCAAAGAGCUUUACUGGAAUACGAGUUCAAUUGUUCAAGUACUACCAUUACCAGUCUUCUCCUAGGCAUUGAUGUGCAUACAGCUACUAAUACCCGUAGUCUCUAUCCUAGUGUAAAUGUCUAUAGACGUAGUGGGAAUUAUUAUAAUGCUAUGUCUGGUAGUACAAGGCAUAUCUAUUAUUCUACUUCAAAUGUGAGCACUAGUGGAGUCUUUGAAUAUCAACUCAUUCCUCCUCUAUCAAUAAUAAAUGGAGACCUGUUAGCUGUAUCACAGCCAUCAAGCGACUACAGUGCAGUCACAAUUAAUUAUUUGGCUCGUUCAGGCAUUUCAUUUAUGAGCAGUCAAGAAAUGGCUCUUAGUUCUACUCAAUUUUCUUCAUCGGUCUCUGAUGCUACUGACAAAUUUAUUUUAGUACAUCCAAUAACAGAUGGGUACUGUGUUAGGAGUUCAAACUCAAUCACUGCUUCAGUUGUUCGUGAAAAUAUCUUUAAAAUUCGUAGACCACAGCAAAUGUUUUAUGGAUAUCAAUAUUUAUAUCCUGAUAUGAUCUUCUCCUGUAAUGGAACCAUCAACAAAUGGAUAUUUGGUGCAAUUCGUAGAUCAGGGUUUCGGCCACUCGAGUUUCAAAUAUGGCACCAAAUAGGACCAAGGAGCUACAUUAAGACCAGGUUUAGUUCAGUGACUACUGGAACAAAGAUUGGUACUAAUCUUUAUGAGUACAUCCCUCGGAAUCCACUUGUAUUUCAUGAAAAUGAAAUGUUUGGUGUUUAUGUUCCUCAGUUUUAUUUGAGUGUGUCAGUGCUUUAUGAGCAACAUUUAAGUGGACCAGUUAAUCUGCGUGUUCAAACUAAUCAACCUUUAUCUACUAGAAACACUGCUUUUUCAACUGUUUUAUACAAUGAUUUUCCAUUAGUUACUGUUGAAUAUGGUACCAUAACUAGAUCUAGUCAUUCGUUUACAUCAAGCAUUAAAACUUCUGAUGCAACAAGUCAUUUGAUUGCCACAUCAAGCCACAUGAAGAGUUCUGAUACAUCAAGUACAAAAACUAAUGAUAGAUCUAUAUCAUCUAAUAAUUAUGUUACUAAUUCUGCUUUUGAAUAUACUAUUCUGCCUACUUCAACUGCAUCUGUAACCCAAGCCACAUUCAAUUCCAUCAUAACAGGCUCUCCUAUUCCUUCACCCACCACUUUAUCAACCACUGCAAUUCAAGUGUAUACCAGUUCAUUAAACAUUAUUGAUCCAAUUUCUAAAUCCUCAUCAAGCAUUCCUGUUUCUUCCAUGGCUUCAAAAAGUCACAGUUCUUCUAUGGCUCUGACAACAACUCCUGCUUCUUCUGGAUUAAACUUUUCAACAAUGAUACUUCCCCUAAGCAUAUCUGUUGGAACCAUUAUUGUUGUUUUGAUCCUUGUGCUUGGAUUGCUCAUUACUGCCGUUGCCUGCUUUUUCAAGAGGAAAAACAAGAACAAAACUGUAAAAGAAGCUACUGUAAAAGAUAUUGAAGAUGAUACCUAUGCUACUGUUGACACCAUUUAUCAAGAAACAUGCUACACAGAUAUUGAAGAAAUUUAUGAUGAAAUCAAUGAAAUCAAUUUUAAGGGAAUAAGUGCAACAUAGAGUAAUAGAAAUCCUACCAAAAAACAAUUUUUAGAGACUAUAGUGAUUAGUAAUUGUGUUAGUUUUACAUUUUUAGUUCUAAUAAAAA